AAGCAUUAUAUACAAUAAUAUAAUAACAUUUUGCUCCGCUUUAGUGUAAUGUCCAGUAUCUUUGUUUGAACGAAGGUGCAUUUUUAAUUGUAAAAAAUGACGUAAACAAAACAGAAUAUUUUUUCAUCGGUUCAUUGAAGCGAUUUGUUUGAAAGAGCCGAAUCUCGGAAUGACUCGGGCUUCUCUUCACUAGCUUGCUGUAACGCUCCUCCCUAUGCGUGACUGUAUAGGAGUCAUGUGCGGAUUUGGUCCUCUGGGCCACCGUAGCGUCCGUCACAACCGGAAGUUUACGUUAGUGAGUCUUGAAGGUACCUGCUUGGCCCAACGCUAGAUUGCACAGGAUACAAGAUACCGCACUUAAAAAAAUAAAAAUAAAAUAUUACACGUACUGGCAUUUAUGCGCACUGUAUUAAUGUAACAUUAUAAGCAUGGCUGCGGAGUUUUUAGUGCUGCUGUAUGAGUAUUCUCCUCUCUUUUACAUUACUGUCAUAGCAGUAUGUUUCAUUAUCACUGUGGCUGUUGUGUUGGGCUGGUUUGGAUUUGAAGUCCCGGUCAUUUUACGCAGUCCAGAUGAGACUGGAUCUCUCAUACCUGUCAAUGAGAGGAAGAUGGUGCAGGUGACCAACCCCUUCGCUCUGGAGAUGGGCUCUGCGGCUGCUGGGACAGUUACUGAGGGUGUGAGUUUGCGGCCAUAUUGUCUUGAAGACAGCGUCCUGAGCUGUUUUUGGGGCUGUGGGGUCCAGGCUGUCCAGGCGGCCCUUCAGAGUCACCAGUGUGGGCUCCGGCUCCGCACACCAGAGCAGUUUCAAGAGGCUCUGGAAUUAAACUACUACCACCAUCAAAGCUUCAAUAUACAUAAAGAAGAAAAAGAAGAAUACUUCACUCAGAUGCCGCCAGAUCUCGGAGUGACCCAUUUUGGGCUGCUUCCCCGGGAUCGAUACCCCUUGGUGGCUGUGCUGACACUUGCCAAUCCAGAAACCAGAGACAACUACAAUAUUGUGGCCAGUGUGACAGUGUUGCACGUUCCUGAUGACAAAUACAGACUCUCUGCGAGGAUCCUGUUUCAGUAUCUUCUCACAGCACAUGGGAAUUUGUACGACCUGAAGCCUCUCUUCAUGUCAGCAGACAACUGCAACUUGUCUGGAACCACAGAGCCUUCAACUAGCACUCAAGGGGCGGAGCCACAGCCCGAAAGGCCAGGUGAGAAGUGGGAGGAGUCUGAUGCAGAAGGGGAGUGGCCUGAUGCUCAAGGCAGGGAUUGUGUGGUGUGUCAAAACGCACCAAUAAACAGAGUGCUGUUGCCAUGCAGACAUGCAUGCGUAUGCGACGGCUGCGUGUGCCACUUCCAGCACUGUCCGAUCUGCCGGGCGUUUGUCCUCGAAUCUUUUGCUCUGGCUAACCGACCAGCUCGUGAUGACGAAGAAGAGGAGGAGGACUUAACAGAAGACUAAGCCUGUGUAAACUCAGUAUUAAAAGCAAGCCUUUGCUGCAAAAGCUAAACUAGAAAAGGAAACGCAUCAUCUUCAAGAUUAAGAGAUGCACGCAGGUGACCUUUAACCCAGAGUAUGGACACUUCUAGAAUGAUGUCAGUUUUAGGCUUUUGAAGUUGAGUGUAUUUGUAAAUAGAGAUUUUAAGUUGAAUAGAAUAUUUAUUUUCGUCAAUGUAUUGGUUUAACUAGCAAAUAUACAUUUCAGAAGGAAUCGUUGUGGAGUUUAGGAGAGAUAUUGUGGAAACAACAUGGGAGUUUAUCUAAUUUCUUUAAUCAUUGACUUUAAUGAUGUGGGGAAAAGCAGGCCAGGCACACACAGUUAAACUGAUCACACAGAUUUCUACACAGAAGUCUACACUUGGCCAACAGGUAAAUAUCUUUUAUAUUCAAACUGGGGCUAAACAAUGCAUUAACUGAACAGCUAAAGUCACUUGAUGGUAGUAGUAAUUGCAAUGGAUCCUCAGAAUGCUUUAAAAUAUUGAAAAGAAGUGUUGUGUCCAUGGACAGUACUGUUUACUGACCGAAAACCCCUCAAAUUUAUACUUUGCACAAAAAACGGUGUUUUAUACAGGCUUGUAGUCAAGUUUGGACUCCAGCUUCUUGGAGUCUGCCACCUUCCUCACAGCUUUCAUGAAAUCCUCCUGAGUCACGUACUCAUGAUCGGCACGGAUGGCAAACAUACCUGUUGGACAAUAAAGAGGAGAGCUCAUACAAUACUGUAGGAACUCUAGAGGCUCAAAGCUUCAAGGUUUGGCUGGUCAGCGUAAUGCUAUUAGACCCUCAUUAAACUCAUUAAAAUACUAUAGCAGGGACUAUUGCAAUGAGCUAGGAAUGUAAUAUAAUUACCAUGUUCAGAUGAGAGACUGUUUAGUCUGCUUUUGUUGUUCUUUAUUACAAUGGGCAAGGUUUUGAAUGUUCAUGUUUUAAUUAUUUUGCACAUGAAGUUUAUUCUACAUCAAUACAUAUACUAUAGUUGUUUUCAUAGCCUUCAACUGACACACUGUAUGGAGGGCAACGUUGGACAUGAAAGUAGAAGAACUUUUAAAAAUAAAAUGCUCAAAAUGUA